ACAAAUGAAAGCUGAAGAGGGCGAUGUCACGGAGAGGAGACAGCGUGCUUCUCGAAUUAAACGUGCUUUGCAAGCGUUUCGGCUACCCGUCGUGUAAUUUCGACAGACGCGCAAUUGGCCGAUAGAUAGGGCGACUUCACGUCUCUCCCUUUUCUCAUCGACUCAGGCACCUCGUAACACUCGUCGUUUGCGCAAACGAGGCCCAUACGCACCGAGAAAGCGAUGCCGCGGGCUUUGUGAGAAGUGGUCAUAUUUUUUUCCGCGCUGCAUCGCUUGCCCCUCGUGGUGCUCAACCACCACGACUCAGUACAACGAUGAAGUUUGUCGGCCUUACGUUAGCCGUUGUUUCGGGCUGCCUGGUAGCCAGUCGCACCGAAGAACCCCAGGUUGUCGUUCACACUACAUGCGGCGCUGCCAGAGGUAUCGUCCGUUCGACUACGGCGGGUCCAGCGCUUGCCCUUCUGGGAAUACCUUUCGCCGAGCCACCACUCGGAGAGCGUCGCUUCAAGAAACCAGCGCUUAAGAAGCCUUGGCGAGGAGUCCUGGACGCAACAUCGCUGCCGCCCAUGUGUCCCCAAAAUCCCACGCGAAUCAACAGCUACUUCGCUAUAAGUGAAGCUGAUCCCACUUCCGAAGACUGCCUUUUUCUCAACGUGUACGCCCCCGCGCGAAACGACACAUUGUUGAAGCCCGUCGUUGUGUACGUUCACGGAGGAGCGUUUACAUAUGGAGGAAUUUCAAUGAAGAUCUUCGAUGCGUCAGAACUGGCAGUGCGAGGAGACCUCGUCGCUGUCACCAUUGCCUACAGACUGGGUCCACUCGGGUUCCUGUAUAUGGGUACAGAAGAUGCGCCGGGAAACAUGGGUCUGUACGAUCAGCAACUCGCGAUGCAGUGGGUCAAGGAGAACGCGCGUUUCUUCGGCGGUGACCCGAACUCUAUAACUGUAAUGGGUCAGAGCGCCGGAGCCAUCUCCAUCGGAUUCCAUCUCUUGUCUCCAAGCAGUGCCGGUCUCUUCAAGCGCGCCUUCAUGCAGAGUGGCAGCCCGUUCAUCGGGGCUUUCAUAAGCACUCAAGAAGAGGCAGCAUCCAGAACAGACAUGCUCGCGUCCUAUCUCGAGUGCAAAGAAAAAGACUCGCACGAGCUUUCCGGAGCAGAAGUCGUCACAUGUCUGCGAUCCAAGGACAUCGGAGACAUCUUGAAAGCCUUGGAAUAUUUCGACGAAGCAGAGUUUAAUGGGUUCUUUCCGUUUUUCGGCGGUGACUUCGCGCAUGGAAAGCUAGUGAAAGAGUUUGCCCAGUACCCACCGAACGUGAGAGACGUCUUGGUGAGCGUUUGUUCAGGGGAGGGGGACUUCUUGAUCGCAUACUUGCUUGCCAGGCUCAACAUCGUAGAAAACCUCGGAAAGGUGACUCAACGCCGUAUGGAGGCUAUUAUGAGGCUGGUGUUGUCGCGUGCGCUCGUCGGCGUCGACAUUGACGCCAUCAUCGAGCGCUACCUCGGCCCAGUAUCUGGCCAGAACGCUGUUGAGGUGGCUCGUGCUUCGGGCGACAUACUGGGUGACUGGUUGUUCGGCUGCCCCGCAGUAAGCUUGGUCCGCGCGCUUGCAGCUGCGAACGUGUCGGUGCACGUUCUUCGUUACUCCGAGCAACUCUCCUUCCUCGACUGGCCCGAGUGGGUUCGACCGACACACAGUGACGACAUUGUGUUCAGCCUCGGCUCCGGUUUCAACCUGGGUGGCAGUCCUUCGGACGCCGACGUCACGGCAACUGAGAACUUGAUAAACGUCGUCUCGACAUUCGCUCGCAAUGGAGUACCAAAGGUUACGGAUGGCACGAGGUGGCCAAAGUUCGAUGAAGAAGGACAGUACCUGCACAUACGGAACGGAAGCAAUGUGCAGGAAAAGCACUUUCUCGAAUCUACGUGUAACUUUUGGCACAACGUACUACCUCACGAAUAAAAAGCAAGUAGGUGUACGCUUUUUAUGUCACCCCCCCCCCCCCCC